AUGGCGCCGCACCGCUACACACCAGGCAGGUCAGCUGCUGUUCAGAGCGAGGCAGCCGCUCGCGCUGCACCUUACGGAGAGCCAUACAAGUUUGAUCCUUCCUUCAGUGGUCCAGUCUGCAGAAGGAGCUGCACUGAUGUCUUGUACUGUUUGAUCUUCAUCCUUGUCAUUCUCUUAUAUGUUGCCCUCGGGAUAGUUGCCUGGUUACAUGGGGAUCCCAGGAAAGUGAUUCAUCCAACAGACAGUUAUGGCCAGUUCUGUGGUCAAAAAGGAACUUCCAAUGCGAGAAAACCCAUCCUAUUCUAUUUCAACAUCCUAAAAUGUACCAACCCGGCAGUACUCAUCAACCUACAGUGUCCCACAACACAGAUGUGCGUGUCACAGUGCCCAGACAAGUUUGCCACCUACACUGAGAUGCAGCUCCAACACAAACUCAGUAAAGAUUACUGGGAAUAUUACAGACAGUUCUGUAAGCCGGGUUUUAAUAACCCUGACAAGCCAGUAUCUCAGAUUCUGCGAGAUGAAGACUGUCCCUCCAUGAUUGUACCAAGUAGACCAUUUCUCCGGAGAUGUCUACCAGACUUCAUCACUUUGAAUGGGACUGUGACUGUAUCAAACAAAACCAGGUUUAAAGAUGCUCUGGAAAUGCCCCGCAGUGUUACUGAACUCCAACAUGCUGCUAAGGGUAUAACAGGACUAGUGGACACUACGGAACUGGGCACGAACAUAGUGGAAGAUUAUACCAAGUCAUGGGCAUGGAUACUUAUAGGUCUGUUAAUAUCUUUGGCUGUUAGUCUGGUCUACAUCCUGCUGCUAAGGUUUACAGCUGGGUUGCUGUUGUGGACCACCAUCAUGAUCGCCAUACUGCUUCUGGUAUAUGGUAUGUGGUACUGCUCCAUGGUUUUGUCACAGCUCAGACACAGACAAGGCUCUGAGGUUGCCAUUGUAGAGGUCGGCCUGCAGACAGACCUGCAGAUCUAUCUACAACUCAGACAGACAUGGAUCAUAUUUUUGGUGACUUUGGGAGUGAUAGAAGCCUCCAUUUUCCUGGUACUGAUCUUCUUAAGAAGAAGGGUCCUAAUGGCUAUCACCUUGCUCAGAGAAGCUAGCAAAGCCAUUGGUUGCAUCAUGUCCACACUAUUCUUUCCAGUCAUCACCUUUAUCUUGUUGACUAUAUGCAUCUCCUACUGGGCGUUUAUAGCAGUAUAUCUAGCAUCCUCAGGUGAAGCCAUCUACAAAGUGAUGUCUCCUGAUGUGAAAUGCCCUUACGUCAACUCGACGUGCAACCCUGAGACCUUCAACAGAACCAACAUCUCCGAAUCAGCGUUGUGUCUGGGUUCUAAGUGUUUAUUUGCCUUCUAUGGUGGGGAGACCUCCUACCACCGCUACCUUUUUCUGCUGCAGCUGUCCAACCUACUGGUCUUCCUCUGGCUUGUCAACUUUAGCUUGGCCCUGGAGCAGUGCACCCUGGCUGGGACAUUUGCAAGCUACUACUGGGCUAAGAGAAAGCCUCAGGAUAUCCCACCAUGUCCACUCUUUUUAUCAUUUAACAGGGCUAUCAGGUAUCACACAGGGUCUUUGGCAUUUGGAGCUCUAAUUCUUUCAGUUGUUCAACUAUUCAAGAUCAUACUGGAAUACCUGGAACAGAGACUAAAAGGUGUUGAUAACAGCCUGUCCAGGUCCAUUAUGUGUUGUCUGAAAUGCUGUUUCUGGUGUUUAGAGAAAUUCCUGCGCUACAUGAACCAUAAUGCUUAUAUCAUGGUUGCGAUUUAUGGCAAAAACUUUUGUACCUCAGCCAGAGAAGCCUUCUUCCUCCUGAUGAGAAAUGUGGUGAGGGUUGCAGUUCUAGACAGACUGACAGAUUUUCUGCUAUUUCUGAGCAAAGUGCUGAUAGCAGGAGGAGUGGGUGUGGUUGGGUUCUUUUUUUUUACUAGGAAGAUCUCAGUUAUUCAGGAGGAAGUCCCCAGUCUCAACUACUACUGGGUCCCCUUACUGACAGUGGUGAUAGGUGCCUACCUGAUUGCUCACAGUUUCUUCAGCGUCUAUGCCAUGUGUGUCGACACCCUCUUCCUGUGCUUUUGUGAUGACUUGGAAAGGAAUGAUGGUAGUUCAGAAAGACCUUACCUCAUGUCCCCAGAACUCCACAGAAUUCUUGGAAAAAAGGGUCAGUCUUGA